CAAAAAUAGCAUGAAAUCAAACUGCAAAGACUUCUGGAUGUGUUUACAUGAGCUGAACUGGAAAAGUGCUAUGCAUUAGUUUCACACAACCAGGCUGUUCAGUUCUUAAAGCUGCUUGAAUUGAGUUCUUCACUGCUUUUAGUUUAUUUAGUUGACUUUUAAGAAAACACUUCAUAUUUUGGCAGAUAGCAAGCAACUUCCAGUGCAUGUGCAUCUGUAGGAUUGUUUCACCUGUUUAUGGUCCAGCAGAUGAACAUGCACAUGAUUUAAAGAAUCAUUAACUGAACUUUAAUACUUAGAGGAUUGUUUAGAUCCUUAACCAUCAUGUAUGAGCAGCAGUAAUAGUGUUAGACUGUAGGAUCAAAAAGCAUAUGCAGUCCCGGUCCCAGCAUGGUCUGACUCUCAAAAGAAUAAGGAGGAUGCCAUUAUAACCUGGGAAAGUACGGGAGAGACUGAAAGAGAGCGCAAGGGUGGAGACAGAGAUAGUGAAGCUGUGUGUACAGAAGCAGCGAUAUAAACAGGAGAUGCUGGAGAGAUAAGGAAAUUAAGGGAAAGGGCGCAGCUCAAAUAAACGCCCAAACAAACACACUCUUUUCUGUCUAAAACACCCCUCAUAAUGUCUGGGACGCAGACAGAGUGUCAGUGUCACGUCUCUCUCUCACAAAAGGACUCUACAGCAUUUGGCUUCUUGUAGAACCGCAUUCACUGGACAGCUUCUGAAAUACUGCAGAAUCGGCUCUGAAGGAUGCAAACCUCAACCGAGUGUGAGAGAACAUCUGAGAUCCUCUGGUGCUCUUGAUAACAUAGACAAGCUCUUCAGUGUGAGCCAUCACACAGAUGCUGUAGAAGUUCAAACUCGAUGUAGACUGAAUCGUACACCUGAAGCUACAGUGGAGAUUCUCAGAGGAGCUGCAUCAUUAGAAAAACCACCGUAUAAACAGUGCACUGCAUGUUCUUCUGCAUGUCCUUGAUGGUGCUGUGAAGGGAUUAUCUUUGUUUUGAAGUACGUGAAGACAUAUGGUUCUUCAUUUUUGGUCAUUUGUGGAAAUCUUGCUACAGCAAAACGGUGGAGGAGGUCAUGAUGCAACUACGAAUGGACACUGGUCAUUUUUAAUGAGGUAAACCAUUUCUGUUAAACUCCGAAGUAUAUUCAGGCUGGAUAUUUGCUCAUUGUGUUUAUUUGGAGAAGGGAGAGAACAAGGUUUACCACGCACGCAUCUUUUUGCACUUGCAUUUACUUUCCUCAAGUGCUUCAAGAGUAAAUCACCAAGAAUAUCCAAUGAAAGAAGCCGAAUCUUCUCUUCUCGACACCUCUUGGUCCUCCCUCGUAAAACACGCCCCUCUGCUCCGCCUCAACGCCCUUGACUUCUCCGACCUGUGGGAUGAUGAGGAUCUUGAGCUGGACAGCACUGAUGAAGACUCCUCCCAAACUUCGGCCAAUCAGAUUGCAGCCACACCCGUCCCCCCGCCUCCUCCCCCUUUGGCCCCGCCCCUCUCUGUAGCAUGUGAGUCGCCGCGGCCGUCAGGCUGUCGUACUCUGAGGCUCCACUGGAGCGCGCUGUUGAGUCUGCAGUCUUUGCCGAGAGUGGGCCGCUUUGGGCUUCAGUCGAUCUGGGCCGGUCUGGAGCCGGUUCAGCUAGACACCAAUAGACUGGAAUACCUGUUUGAGAGCAAAAGCAGCAACAGCAGCGCCCUCUGCAGUCUGAUGGGGGCACGACAGCAGAAGCAGCCGUGUGUGUCUGUUUUGUGUGUGAAGCGCAGUAACAUCAUCACUAUAGCUCUGAGCAGUCUGCCGCCGGUUCACCUGCUUCCUCCUGCCAUAUACAGCAUGGACAACACUGUACUGGACCGAGAAGACAUCCAGAGGUUACAGAUGCUGGUUCCCACUGAAGAGGAGCUGAAUCUGAUAAAGGAGGCGAAAGCUCAGGCCCCGCGGUCACCUCUGGGCCCCGCAGAGCAGUGUCUCCUGACCCUGGGCAGCGUUCCUCAUCUGAGUGCCAGACUGCAGCUCUGGGCCUUCACUCUGGACCACGACACACUGGAGAGAGAAAUCGCAGAGCCGCUCUUCCAUCUGAAGCUUGCCAUGGAGCAGCUGGCGGCCAAUCAGACGUUUCGCUGCAUACUUGCGACUGUGCUGGCCGUCGGCAACUUUCUGAACGGCUGUAAGGCGAAGGGGUUUGAGUUGAGUUACCUGGGCAAACUCUCUCAGGUGAGAGACACACACGGCCGGCAGCCUCUGCUUCAUCACGUUUGUGUGUUAUUGCUCCAGCUUUACCCACAAUCCUCUGAUCUGUACACCGACAUCACUGCUGUCACAAAAGCCAGCAAGUGUGACUACACACAAGUGCAGCUGAACCUCUCGCAGCUUGAAUCGCUUUGCAAAGCAUGCUGGGAUCAACUCCGACUACUUGAGAAGGAUGGGAAGAAGAAGAAAUGUGGAGGAAGAAAAGAGGAAGCUGGUGAAGAGGCAGCGCUCCAUCAGAGGCUUACACAGUUCCUGAAGGACUGUGAGGAGAGACUGAAGGUGCUCCGAGCCGUUCACCCGCAGAGUCAUCAACAGAUUCCACUCGUUCCUGCUGUUCCUGGGUUCGCGUACCAUGGUGAGAGAGACGAGUGCAGAGGUGUUGGUAAGACGGUCCAGUGA